GGAAAACGUGCCAGUUGUGUUGCACAACUUAACAAAAUAGUCCACUGCUUGCAACGGGCGCCACAUGUGAUUUGUUUAUUUUCUUUUUGUGCAGUAAAAGUCCAUUAAACAUGGGCUCGCUUUUCAUUCUGGACACAGCUGGACACAUAAUGCUCGCGCCGCGACUUUUUCUAACAAGCACACACCUAUUGCAACGAUACACAUCCAAAAUCAGUGCUGCAGUUGAACCGGCUGUGCUUGCAGAUUUGGAGCAGGCGGCAAUAAAGCCGCGCAAGCAUCCUGGCAUCAUAAAGCCCAAUCAUGUCGAGCUGCCCAAACAGCUGAGCGAUACUCUAAAGCGCAUUGUGGGUGAUCAUCCUGUGAGAAAAGUGCUGCGCGACAGUGAUCUGCUGAACCGUUACAUAAAAUCGCGCCAUCCGCCGCCAACGCCAUCAGAAAUUGAAAACAAAAAGCGACUGAUUAUUGAAGAGGUCAAUUCCAAGAUGCCGCUAGAACGGUUAGCCACGCUUGGUGAGGAAGAGGUGGCGCGUUGGCAACGCAAGCGUGAACUAGAGAUCAACAAGCGUUUGAGUCAGCGUACCUACGCCUGGAAACGCAUCGAAUAUGGUAAAUACGAAGCCAUUGUUUAUGCCGUAGGCAGAGCCGCACAGGAGUAUGCGGUACUGAAGCGUGUGCUGACAGAGCUGCAGUUGCGCGAUGAACAGUUCAAGCCACGCAGCUACUUCGACUUUGGCUCUGGCGUUGGCACCGCCAUGUGGGCGGCCAGUGAACUCUGGCGCGACAGCAUCUUUGAGUAUUACAAUGUCGACAGAUCGCGGGAAAUGAACGAGUUGUCGGAGCUAAUACUGCAGGAGGGUCAGGAGAAUAAGCAAGUUGCGCUGCGCAAUGUUUUUUAUAGACAAUUUUUGCCCGCCAUUGAUACGAAAUAUGAUUUAGUUAUUAUUUCGCAUACACUAUUCGAGUUGGCCGACAAGCAGCAGCGCCAGGAGAUUCUGUUGAAUCUAUGGCGUAAGUGUGAUGGCUACAUGGUCAUCGUGGAGGAGGGUACACGACGCGGAAGCGAGCUAGUCAAUGAAGCGAGACGAUUUCUACUGCGAGCUGAUGGGGAACAUGCGGGUCAAACGCUGGCGCCAUGCCCACACGAUCUGCCCUGUCCACGACUGCAAGAUUUGGCAGAUCGCACUCCGUGCAACUUUGAAAUUUCCUACGCUCCGCUGCGUCUGAGCAGUGAUUCGGCUUCAGAUCGUCAAAGUUCUGUGUAUAGUUAUGCCAUUUUGAAGAAAGGUCCCAUAACAGAUGCCUAUCGACAAUGGCCACGCAUUGUCCGACCUACUUUGGUGCGUUCGAAACAUUCGAUUUGUCGCCUGUGCACGGAAUCUGGCAAUUUGCAGGAAGUCAUCUUUACGGCAGCAAAGCACGGCAAAGCCGCCUACAGCUGUGCAAGAGUUAGUCGCUGGGGCGACCGCCUGCCUAUGGCUUUGGGCACGCCGCAAACGAAGGAAGCUAAACCUAAAUCAGAGCCGGCGGAACAAGCUGAACUGGCAUAGUUUAAUAUAUUGUUAUAACAUGAAUAUCAUGUUGUUUACGCUACAAGCUCUCACUAAUUGAUUUGCUUCAAAAAACGAGCAAACAAUUUGUUGCUUUAAUUAUAUACAAAC